AUGACUGCGGUUGAACAAGCAUCUUCGGAUAAGGAGACGAAGCCACCUUUAGAUUCAAGAAUAGGUAGAGAUACACCGUUCACCUUUGGUCAAAGAUUUUUAGACGAUGAAGAAAAUGUUUUUGAUCAUAAUGCAUGGGACCAUGUAGAAUGGGGCGAAGAACAGGUUAAGCAAGCAGAAGAACUUAUUGCAAAACAAUAUGACAAUCCUGUUAAAGAUUUUGACAAAAAAUUGUAUAAUGCUAAUCCGGCGAAGUACUGGGAUAUUUUUUAUAAGAAUAAUAGAGAGAAUUUCUUCAAAGACAGAAAAUGGUUACAAAUAGAGUUUCCGUCAUUGUACAAAGUUACCGGCGAAGAUUAUGAUAAGCCAACUACUAUUUUGGAAAUUGGUUGUGGUGCUGGAAAUACAUUUUUCCCUAUAUUGAAUCAAAAUAAGAAUCCAAAUCUUAAAAUUGUCGGUUGUGAUUACCUGAAAGUUGCAGUGGACUUAGUUAAGGCAAACGAAAACUACCCAGAAUCUAAUGCAAAGGGUAUUGCCUACUCGUCGGUUUGGGAUUUAGCAAAUCCAGAUGGCAUAAUUCCAGAUAACUUAGAACCUCAUUCUGCAGAUAUUAUUAUAAUGGUUUUUGUAUUUCUGGCAUUACAUCCUGAUCAAUGGGUACAUGCAGUUAAUAACUUGGCAAAGAUCUUGAAACCAGGAGGAGAGAUACUAUUCAGGGAUUACGGUAGGUAUGAUCUUGCACAAGUUAGGUUUAAAAAAGGUAGAUUAUUAGAUGAUAAUUUUUAUAUUAGAGGUGAUGGAACACGGGUAUAUUUUUUCACAGAAGAACAAUUAAGAGAAAUAUUCUGUAAGAAUGGUCCGUUUGAAGAAGAAAAAAUCGCAACAGACAGGAGGUUGCUAGUUAAUAGAAAGAAGCAGUUGAAGAUGUACCGUAACUGGUUGCAAGCUGUAUUUAGAGGGAAAAGCGAAUAA